UGGAUAAUAAUAAUGUAUGGUGAAGAGGUUCGGGUCCAGCGGUGCCUUUUAAUAACACACCACUGCCAUGUUUUACCUCAAAACUUACUAGAUGUUUGAUUGGGAAGAAACAGGUUGCGCCUGCGCUCUGAGCCAUACGUGUUUUUUUUUUUUUUUUUUUUUUCACCUUGAGAAAUGCUGGUUUUUUUUGAAAAUCAGCAGCAGCUGUUUCAAAGGGCAGAACGACGGGGACGGAGGAAUAUCACUGCGAUUCAUCCGGAGCAGAGGAACCCGGACCGGGCCGUCCCGUCUGGAAUCAGACACUAUGCUGUUAUUUCCUCAUGCGUUUCUUGUUUGAUGUAGAAAGCGCUCUGCUGGUCGCCUUCAGACGUACUGAGAUGGUCUAUUUCAGCGAUGGCUAAGGGUCUUUUUCCACGAGCCUGGGUGAAAAAGUCUUUCUAUUUCCAGGCUCGGAUCUCCUUCGUGCGGGUGAAGUACCUGUUCCUCACCUGGCUCACCGUCCUGGUUGGCAGCUGGGUUCUCUACGUCCAGUACUCGGCUUACACAGAGCUGUGCAGAGGACAUGAGUGCAAGAACGCCAUCUGUGAUAAAUACAGGAGGGGAAUCAUCGAUGGCUCCGCUUGCAGCAGUCUGUGUGAAAAGGAAACGCUCUACAUGGGCAGGUGUCUGUCUACACUACCAAACAACCAGGUGUACACAGGAGGCUGGGGGGACCACGGUGGGAUCAUCCGCUGCAAACUGGGGGAGGUGGGUCACUACGAGCUGGGCGAGGAGCCAGAGCCACGAAGAGAAACCCCAGUGUUUGACAAGCCUAACAGAGGAACCUCUGUUGAGAAGUUCAAAGAGAUGCUCUUCAACCAUCUCAAGUCCAAGCUUGGAGAGCACGCGGACCUUCCCAGUCUUGUCAGCCAGAUCCUCUCCGUCGCUGAUGGCAACAGAGAUGGACGGGUGUCACUCCCAGAGGCUCGUUCAACGUGGGCCCUUCUGCAGAUGGAUGAGGUUCUGCUGGGCCUGCUGCUCCAGGAUCGUGGGCAUACACCACGGCUUCUUGGCUACUGUGGAGAUCUCUACAUGACAGAGCGGAUCCCCAACGGGCCCCUCUAUGGGUUCUCAUUGCCCUGGCCUCUUGUGUCCUGGGUGCCAGGAGGUUUGCAGCGCACCAUGGACCAGUGGUUCACCCCUUCCUGGCCUCGCAAAGCUAAAAUCUCCAUGGGCCUGCUGGAGCUCGUGGAGGACAUUUUUCACGGUACCUACGGGAGCUUUCUGAUCUGCGACCUCGCUGCCAUGCACUUUGGUUACACCGACCGCCAUGAGCUCCGGCUCACAAACACGCAAGUGUUGGUCCCUGAAGAGGAGUUUAGGCGCACCAUGAGAGUCCUGAAGUGUGAGACAGACGCCGACUGCAUAUAUGGAGCAGACUGCCAGACCUCAUGUGACCCGUCUAAGAAGCGGUGCAGGGAGGAGCCGGUUCAGCCCAACCUAGCAAAAGCAUGCGGCGUGUUGAAGGACUACAUCCUGCGUGGGGUGCCUUCAGAAAUGAGAGAGGAGCUGGAGAGGCAACUGUAUGCCUGCAUGGCUCUCAGAGGUAACGCCGGUCAGAUGAAUAUGGAACACUCACUCAUCCUCAACAACCUGAAAGCUCUGCUUUGGAAACGGAUCUCACACACCAAGGACUCAUGAUGUGGGGGAUUGUCGUUUUGAAACCCUGAUCAUCAGGUCUCCAAGUGGAGCCGAGUGAAAGCAAUGCUGUGAUUUAUGAGUAGAAUAUAUAAUGAAAUCAUAUCCAUCACCCUCUAACACUUAUGAAUAGAGAUGCACUGAUGAGAACUUUGGGGCCAAUUUCCGAUCUCCAUUUUUAUAAAGCAUUACCAAUUUUCACUCUGCAAUUUCUCUUUUAAAACUAGGAUGAGACGAUAUUAAGACACAAUUCCAAAUAUUUUUUUCAAGCCUGUUUGCUGUGAGCGGUCAUAUUUAAAUGGAGCAGAGGUAACAGCAAGCAGGUGUGAAGGAGCAGCAAAGUUUUAUUACUGUUUUAUAACUAAGGAAAACAAUGAUUGGACAUUUUCAGCUGGAUUUAGCAUUUUAUUAGCAAUUAGCAUAGUUAGCAUUAAAAUUAGUAUUAUUGGUGUGUAAUCCCUUUAGAGUCCUUUGACAUUUUCAAAUUCAGGAUGUUCCCUUCAAUGAAAGGUAAGGUAAUUUUAUUUAUAUAGUACAUUUU